AUGAUAAUUCAUCAGGAAAACCCCAUUGCGUUUCUUCACAUUGAUCCCGCCUUCAACCAGCUGCGUCGCCUCGUCCACCAAAACCCAGCCCAUUUGCCAAGCCUUCUGCAGCACCUUGCCUCCUCAAACCCAGACCUCGUCCAGCUGAUCAACGACAACCAGGAGGACUUUUAUCACCUGAUCAACGCGCCGUCUGUUGCUGCGAUGCCACAGGGUCCGCCGCCCGGUGCGCAGGGGCUGCAGCUCUCCCCAGAGGACGCCGAGGCCAUUGAGCGGCUCGUCGCCUUUGGGUUUGACCGCGCCACCGCCGCACAGGCGUACUUUGCGUGUGACAAGGACGAGAAUGCGGCCGCCAACUGGCUGUUUGAGCACGGCAACGAGUGA